UUGAGAGAACGGUUUGCUUGUGGGUAGGGGGCGGCUACCAGUUAUGGAAGUAAGGGAAACGGUUUGUAAUAUGUAAAUAUUUAGUGUGGAGCGAGUGCGUUUUAGUCAGUCGACAUACUUCGUGUGUGUGGGGUUUUUUUUUUGGCUUUUUGUCAGCGUCUGUUGGUGAACUUAAGCCUCCCUUAGUGAAGGUACUGAACCACUAAUGAAGGAUGUUACUGUCUAUGGGAGUGCUUAUGAUGUCUACAUUAAAGAUCUAUAUAAUCAUGGCAGUGAAGCUGUUAUUUCUAAUUAACCUGCCAGCUGAGGCCGAUAUUUCAGCACACUCCUCUGAUAACAGAACUCAAAACUUUGAAGACUUGCCGGCAAGAUUUGGAUACAGACUUCCUAGUGAAGGAUUAAAGGGCUUCCUAGUUGGUGCCAGACCUGAGAAUGCUUGUGAACCUAUAGAUUCUCCUCCCCUCAAAGAUAACUCCACAGACACCUUCAUUGUGCUGAUAAAGCGCUUUGACUGUAACUUUGACAUUAAGGUUUUAAAUGCUCAGAAGGCUGGCUACAAAGCUGCUAUAGUCCACAAUGUGGAUUCAGAUGACUUAAUUAGCAUGGGAUCUAAUGAUCUGAAUGUGUUAAAACAAAUAGACAUUCCUUCAGUGUUCAUUGGUGGAGGAGCAGCUGCUGCUCUUAAAGAAGAGUACACCUAUGAUCAAGGUGCUUUUAUUAUACUUAAGCCUGAUUUUAGUCUGCCACUGGAAUACUACUUGAUUCCCUUUCUCAUCAUAGUUGGCAUUUGCCUUAUUCUCAUUGUUGUUUUUAUGAUUACAAAAUUUGUGCAGGAUAGGCACAGAGCCAGACGAAGUCGCCUUCGAAAAGACCAAUUAAAAAAGCUGCCUAUACAUAAAUUCAAGAAAGGAGACCUGUAUGAUGUCUGUGCCAUUUGUCUGGAUGAGUAUGAAGAAGGAGACAAGCUGAGAGUUCUACCAUGCUCCCAUGCAUACCAUUGCAAGUGUGUAGAUCCUUGGCUUACCAAAACUAAAAAGACAUGUCCCAUAUGCAAACAGAAGGUUGUGCCAUCUCAAGGAGAUUCUGAUUCUGACACAGAUGAAGCAGACAGCAGUCAUGAAGAAGCUUCAGAAAGUACUCCACUUUUAAGGUCUUUAGCCUCAACCAGUGCACAUUCAUUUGGUACAAUGGCAGGACCAAACCAGGAUGUGCUCGAGUCCUCUGAAUAUGAUGAUGAUGACGACGAUGAAAUAAAUAGUGAGACAGAAGAGGAAGUAACUGUUGAAUCUGUUGUUGUACAGCUUCAGCAAAGUGCACAUGAAAGCAAUAUGCAUAGCUUUGCUUAACUGUUGUGACCCUUCAAAGAAGCCUACCUAGAAAUGAGGUUCAGAUACUAUUUAAUGAAGCUGGAUGCACCUACUGCACUUAACCACUUAUGACUGAAUUCUUUUAAUUUAAAGCCCACAGCCGUUAGUGGUCAGUGUAUAGUAUUGUUUAGGAGUUCUGCAUCCAAGUCAACCAAAGGCGGCCAAAUUGGAAUGAUAAAAAUGCCUGGCUACAUCAUGAAACAGCCAAAGAACAUUAUGUACUAACAACAUAAUGCUGGUCUUUUACAGUUGCACUUUAAAUCGACAAGGUAAUGGUUAUUGGUUAUAUAAUAUCCACUGUGAUAAUUAAUGUCAUGUUGUGUGGAAUUUUGUGAAAUGUAAAAAUUAUGUAGGUUACUUUGGCCACCAUUAGAAAACUGCACAAUGGUCACAGGGCUAAAUAAGUUUAAAGUUGUGUGUACUGUGUAUAUAAAAUGUAAAUACAAAUUAGUAUGCAGUUGUAUCAGAAUUCCAAGCAGCUCUUGUUAGUAUAAAUCAUGUAUAAAGUAUAAAUCAUGUAUAAGAAAUCAUGUAUAAAGAAAACAUUGUAUCAGAAAUUCCAAAUAAGAGGUGUUUAAAAAGAAAAUGUGUAUAGAAUGUAUAUAUAUAUAUAUAUAUAUAUAUAUAUAUAUGCUAUAUCAUGAUUGACCUUUCAUAUCUUUUCAUUAAAAGCAGCCAGACAUGGCCCGGGCAAAAAAAACAAGAACAGGCAAGAAAACCUUAAAAUGUCAAGAGAUUAGAAGUGGUAUUUAGCCCAUGGAGCUUGUACCGAGAUCUUUUUGAUAAAACCUGUUUCAGUAAGAGUUUGCAAUAGUGAAUACUGAAAAGCACUACAAUAUUGGUAAGCACUGCUAGAUCAGCUUAACUGUAAUGACAGUAAUUUAAAUGACACCUUAAGUCAUAUCUUGGUCAGUAUGUCAUUUUGCAUACUUGAGCAUAGCUUUGCAGCUAACAAUAUGAUUAAAUUGCUGUGACUGAGCACUUUUGUUUAUGUAGUAAUGUUGCCAUUUCCCAAUUCACUUUUAUAUAAAAUGGCUAAUUGUUUGGAAAUCUACUAAAAUGUUGAAAUAAAAGAAAAAAUGGUCAUAUAAAAAAACAGUAAAUUGCAGCAUUGAAUACAUCUAUUACACACUUUUGUAAGUUUUGCCAGCCAUGCUAAUAUAUAUUUUGUGCAUCAGUUUUUUUCCCCUCUAGGUCUGACAGAAGAUGGGGGCCCAAUGCGAGCGUGUCAAAAUAAAUGCGGUGUCAGUUUGGCAACUUUUUAAAUGGAACAAUUUUUUUUCGAUACUGGUGAACUUUAUUUAAAUAACCACUGCUAACAUUAGACUGUUGAAUACAAUCACUGGAUGGUAACCAUAGUGCACCAAAAUGAGCUGCAUUUCACAUUUUAUUCAGAAAAAUUGCUUUCCCAGAAAUAAUUUUUCUUCAAUAUGUAAAUAUGCUAAUUAAAAAUAAUGUUCACAAGCAGGCAACUUCUGCUUGCUUUGCUAAAGUAGCAUUAUUCUGUUACAAUUACAGUGAACUACAAGAGGAAUAUUUUCAUAUUGUUCAAAAUAUGCCUCCAGAAAUCAGCAACAGAAAUCAGCAAUGUCAAUGAAAUCUUUCUUCUGUUACUACACAUUAAGAAAGUAAACAGAGUGCUUGUAUCAUAAAGUAUUUUUUUUUACUUUUGUAAUAGGGUCACUUUCCUUUUUUGUUUUUGGUUAGCUCUCCGAGCCUUUUCACCUUUUUGUAAUUUUCCCAAAGAUUCCAGCUGCAAAUAGUAUAUGUAAUCUGUUUUAGUACCUUUUUUUGAAAAUGCAUUUUCUAAAUGUUAAAAGUUUUCAGAAAAUAAGUGGAACUGUGUCUAUACACUUGUAGUCUAUAGAGAAGUCAUCACCCCCUUAAAAAUGUACACCUUGUGUUGACCUAAACAAGAAGAUAAGACUUGUUUACAAACUGUACUGUGAAACAUCAAAAUGAAAAUUUCUGAAAAAAUAAACAAGUAGAGUUGUGCACACCGGUAAGGUGGAAUAUGUGCCCAUUCCUCCUCCUUUUUCAAGUGCCGUCAAAAUUGCAUGGUGACCAUCGAUGAACUUACCUUAUCAAGUUAGCUCAAGGAUUGUUAAGUAGGAUUUAGGUCUGGGCUCUACUGAAGGUCCUUCACAUUCCUGCAGUUGCUUUGGGUCAGUGUCGUAUUGAAAGGUGAACCAUUUUCAAAUUCUGAUUGAGGGCUUGAGGUUUUCUUCCAAGAAUGGGCCUGUAUUUUAUGAAGAUUUUUUUUUGUGUCUCGUCUGAUUGGAUCACAGUACUUUGUCACUUGUUUAUAUAAUAUAUAAGAAGCAUUUGAGCAAAACAUGAGACGCAAUGUAGCCUUCUUCUAGAGUGAUUAUGGUAAUUGCUGUCACAUGUACACAGUGAGCGUCUAUGAAAGCCUGUAGUUCUUUUACAGUAGCCAUUCUACGUGUGUUUUGGGAGGUGUCAUGCACCCAUCAAUUCUUAAAAGAUAUUGAAUUGUACCAAUGGAUGGUCAGUUAAAGCCUUUGGAAUCUUUUUAUACCACUCUCCCCCAAACAUAAUUAAUUAAAAGCACCACCCUUCCAGCCACAGUGACUGUUAGCUUUAGAAUGCAUUCCAAGCUACUUUUAUUCCAAAAUUCAUUAAAAACUACCACAUCCCAUCACACCUGGGACGCAGUGAGCUUGUUGUGUGAUUUAGAAGGAAAUUGAUUAUCCCUUAAAUGUAAAGGAGUAUUUUUCUAUUGUACUAUUAAGUUGCUGAAUGUUAUUUUCCCAUGACUAAUGUAGGGUCACUUUGUGUAAAUAAAUGUGGCGUAUUCCUUGGAACUUCAUAACAAAGUACAAAUUUUGAUUAUUAUCAUUGAUUUAUGAAAAGGAAAAAAAAAAAAACACAAAACCACAUCCACAACUCCAAUGGUUGGAAUAAAUUUAUUUAAUCUGUCUGUAAACAAGGUGGUUUAUUGAUUUAUGGCAUUUUAUUUAAAUGCAUAUUAAAUCAGAUGAGUUAGACUGUAUCCCAGAUGUAAGAAAAUAAGUGCAGGGAAAGAAAUGAACAUAAAUCAGCAACAAGGUGUUUAUUUUUUUGUUUUUUGUUUGUUUUUUCUUUAAAAUCUGUACAUAUUCCACAAGGCCUGAACAUUUCCAGCAUAUGCUAAAAUGUCUCUAAGGAAGUGCCAUUCAAAUGACUCUUUACUGGGCAGCAGGUUAAAAUCCAUCUCACAAAAGCAACUGAUCAUCUCUACAACUUUAUGGCACAAGAUAAACAGAUUUUUUUUUUUUCUUUUUGUAAAAAGUUUUCUUGAGACAACCAGGUUUUCUUAUUCCAACCAAUACCGUCUCCCAUUGAUUUAGUGUAUGCAGAACUUCAAUUGUCAGUUUUCUUUCUAACCGGACAUACAUUUAGUACCGUGCUUUAACAGACAGUUUGACAGCACACUUUUGAUGACUAGAGCACAAGGCAAUUUAUUCCACAGCUUUCCCACAGCCUGGACUUAGAGGAUCAAAUGCAGUAACUCAUUUCUUUUCUUUGCAACAUAUAAGAUGUGUUACAACAAAGGAGUCUGCUGUAGCCAUUCCAUAUGCUGGUAAUAACCAGUACUUCCUACCAUCCAGGUGGACUACCAGCUAGCAUUUACUUUCAGAAUAU